UGGAAACAAAGAUUGAAAGAGGGCGGCGGCUAGCAUGAUUGGGUUGUACGUCGCGGUGCGGACGUUCAUAGCUUGGCUGUGGUUGAGGUUCUGUCGAUGGUGUGCGCAACCUCUCCGUCUAGUCCUGAAAUCAAAUGAGUACUAUCACAAGAUCGUAAUCAUUGGAGACGGGUUCGCGGCAGGGUUUGGAGACUGGAUCACCAUGGCCUCGUCCGGCGGGUUGUCCGAGUACAUUGCCCACGAAAUCAGCAAGGAAGACAAGAUCCGACACAAGUGGCAAGUCAUCAACCGAGGCAUCGUCGACACAGAUUCGUCGCAGUGGCACCCCACAUCGUCCACCAAGUACUUCCAAAGCGUGAUGUCAACACCUCAACUGCGCGACGCCGACGUCGUACUCGUGGUCGUCGGCUCCAUGGACGCUCGGUAUCCAAAAACAUCUUUGUUCCGCUUGUGGUCGUUCGUCAUGAUGACCAUCUUAGACGCAAGACCCCUUCCAUUUCCCCCGACCAGACGCUCCGCAACAUCCAAGCCAUCUGCGACGCAUUGCGCAAGAAAGGCAAGCGCGUGUGCGUCGGAUCGCUUUGCCACUCGGACGUCGUGACCGAGUGCGAUGGCCAUCGCAGCAUCAACCAGGCGCUUGUGGACUUUUGCGCAUCGUUCGUGCCUGUCCCCCUUUGACAUGCAUCUCAAGCACACAUGUAGGACGGCCACCGACGCCUUCCCCGUCAAAAUCACUCCCGACCUAUCCACGCCCGUGGUCCGUCGCAGCGAUGCCAAAGCGUUUGACGGGUUCCAUUUCAACGCCAAGGCGUACCAGCAAAUCGCGCGGGACUCGAUGAUGGUGUUGACGCCGCUACUGACAGCAGUCGAGUGGUCGACGUGGAAGAAGCAGCUGGACGGCGUCAAGUACGACGCAGCGCUGUACGACUAAUGCUAAUAAAGUUCAUCAACACAGUACACGUAUCGACGGAUGGGUAGUUAUUAGGACGACCAGUCGGGGGGAAUCUCUCGCUCCGGUUUCUCGGCCCAGUAUUCAUCCAUUUGGCGAUCCAGCUGCGCCUGCUUCGGGUCGGGACCCUUGCCGCCCGCGUGCCAAUACGUGUCCAUAUCCAGAUCCAAGUCUUGGGGGUUCGUGGAAGGGGGUUGGCCGCGACCUCCCCGUCCUCCACGACCGCCUCGUCCACCUCGCCCGCGGGUGUUGCUGACCCCUCGAACAUGUGCAGGCGUCCGCGCCAAUUUCGUUUUUUGUUUUGCCACCACGGGCUUGUGGACGACGGGAGGUGGAGGCGCAAUGCCUCGACGGGCAUUCACAUUCGUUUGGCGUUUCGACUUCUGAACAGCUUGAACGCGUGUAGCCACAUGCUUGGUCAACGCGGCAACAGAUUUCUUCACUGCCGGGGCGGACGUCGUUGCAUGCAAGGACGCAAAUCGUUCCGACAGGGGUUUGUUCAGGAAUCCAAUGACAUUUCCCUCUUUCCUGGCUUCAGCAUGUUCACGCUUGUGACCGCCUUCUCGUCUGCCAGUGCGACCGCCGGCACGACUACCAGCAUUCGAUCGUCCACGUCCUCGUCCCGACAUUCAAGAUUUCAACA